AUGCAUGCGGGUAUGGCUAGCCUCCGCAGCAACCUACCACUGGACAUCCCUGCCACCCCAGGCUCCAGCCACGGGGGCAGCGGCAGACGCCCCUCCUCCCGAGGCGGCCCUGGGGGAGGCUUAUCCAGGGUGGGUAGCAGCUCGGGCAGGGCAGACCGGCUGCGAAUGGGGAGUUCAGGAGGAGGAGGAACAGGGGGAACAGGAGCAGCGGGUGUGGUGGAUUAUUCUAGUCCGAGAUCUCAGCUGAUAGGGGCGCUGGGUAUGGGUCUUCCCCUGGUGCUUCCAAGCCCUAUGGCAUACCCUGGUGGUCCUGGCACGCGCAGUGGGAGGUACUCUAACCUUGCUUCUCCUUCCCCCUCUGCCGCCCACAACGCCACUGCCGCACCGUUCAGCAUGAAAUAUGCACCGCUCUCCACCCCUUCCCCCCGCUCUGCGGGCAUCUGGAGGGAUCUAGAACCUUCCCCUCUGUGGUCCAGACCCUUGAGUAGGGAGGGGCGGGCUAGGGCAACACGAAUGGCGCCUGGAGGUUUUGGAGGGGGAGGAGGGCGAGGUAGCUGGCUGGGGCAGAGUGUGGGAGGGGAUUCGGGGUCAGGGGGAGGGGAUUCGGGGAGAACGGGUUCAAGGGGAGGGGAUUCGGGUUCGAGAGGAGGAGAUUCAGGGAGUAGGGGGUCAAGAGGAGGGGACUCGGUGGCAGGGGAGGUGGUAGAGGUGACCGUGUCUGGUGCUGCUGGUAUGGCCACUGCUGCUGCCGUCUCUGCUGCCGUUGCAGCGGUCGAUGCUGCUGCUAACGCUGCUGAUAAUGCUAGUAGAGCUUCUGAGGCUGCUGCUGUGGAGGGGGGAGGAGGAGCAGCAGCAGCAGCACAGUCCUCGGCACGAAUACCACUAGUGGGAGCAGCAAGGCUGAGCGUGGGCGUCAGAGGAGGCACACUCAAUGCCUCGAAUUCCUAUAACGACUCGUCCGGAGCGUCAUCCCCCUCGGAUGAUGCAUUUGACUUCAACAUGUUUAACACGCAGAUGCGCGCCAAUGUCGCCCUGCCCUCCCCCUCAGCCACUGCUGCUGCUGCUGCUGGUGCUUCUGCUGGUGCUGGUGGUGCUGGUGGUGGUGCUGGUGGUGGUGCUGGUGGUGGUGCUGGUGGUGGUGCGGCAGGUGGAGCUUCCGCUGCUGCUGCUCUUGCACCCACCGCUGCUGCUCCCAACUGUCCUCCUAUCAGUGGCGUUCACGGGGUGGGCGGCAGUGCAAUCGGCGCUGCUGCUGGUGCUGGUGGUGCUGCUGCUGCCGCUGCUGGUGGUAUCGGAGGUGCGAUGGGCAGUGGGGCGGUAUCAGAUCCGUCGCUCUAUUCCCAGUUGGUGUCAGGCAAUUUCGAUCUUCUCACAGGAGGCUAUUCCCCUCCUCCCAACAACGAAUCCUUUUCUUCCUUCCUCACCACCUUCGCCUCUGGCCCUGACCCUCCACGCUGUACUGGUGCACCUAGUAUGUCUGCCGCACUGCCAGUCGCGCCAGCAGCACCAGCUGUAGCGCCAGUUCCUUCUGCUGAUGUAGCACCUGUUGCUGUAGCGCCUGCUGCUGCUGGUGGUGCUGCUUCCCCACCUGCCGCUGCAGCCUCAACAUCGGCCUACGUUGGUGCAGAGGCCAACUCAGCCCCUGCUGCUGGUGGUAACCUGGGCUGCAGCGGGAGGGGCAGUGGGGUCGGCGGUGGGGGAAGCAAUGGGAUGAGCACUGGGAAUGGUGGUGCUAGCCGCAGCUUGGUGGCGAGGCACCUGGCAGCUCUGGAGUCUGCCGUGGGUAGCUCUUGGCCCGGGAAAGAGGCUGGGGAAGGGAAGCAAGCUGCAAAGCCUUCGACUCAAAAGCUGCUCUCACGCUCCUCACUACCAUGCUCCCCCUCCUCAUCUGCUUUUGAGUCGACUCAAAAGCUGCUCACACGCUCCUCACUACCAUGCUCCCCCUCCUCAUCUGCUUUUGAGUCGACUCAAAAGCUGCUCUCACGCUCCUCACUACCAUGCUCCCCCUCCUCAUCUGCUUUUGAGUCGACUCAAAAGCUGCUCUCACGCUCCUCACUACCGUGCUCCCCCUCCUCAUCUGCUUUUGAGUCGACUCAAAAGCUGCUCUCACGCUCCUCACUACCAUGCUCCCCCUCCUCAUAUGCUUUUGAGUCGACUCAAAAGCUGCUCUCACGCUCCUCACUACCAUGCUCCCCCUCCUCAUCUGCUUUUGAGUCGACUUAA